AUGAGCACAAACUCCACAAUGAGUGCAGACUCUGGCGCAAAAGUCCCAGAGGACUCUCCAAAAGAACUUCAGGUCAGCUUCCUCAAGUUCCCUCCUGAGGUCAGAGACAUGAUCUACGAUCUUCUGGUGGAGAGCGAGUACUCAAUUGACAUAUUGUCACUAAAGAGAAAGACUGGUUCGCGCAAGAAGUCCGAUUCCGCAGAUCCCAACGCCAUCCUCAGGGCAAAUAAACAAACAUACAGUGAAGGAAGCGCAAGACUCUACACCGUGAACACCUUCACUGUUGGCAACGGAUGGUGGAACUCCAGCACAGUUCCCAACCUCAAAGGUCUCCAAUCGUUCAUCCGAACAGUUCCCAAAACCUUCAUCUCCUUGAUCAAAAACCUCAACAUACGUGUCAGCUUCCUAUGUAACUUUGACGGAGAUGCUUACUACUUGGAUGUCCAUGCCACCGAAGACCUACUCGAUACUCUCUGGAUUGUCCAGAAGCACUUCGAUGGUGUGAAAAAUUUGGAAUGGGUUAUCACUAUGGACAACAUCCGCAAUCUUCGUGGACCAUCAGAUCCGGAAGCGGGAACCUGGGCCAUAGCAUAUUCUGGCCAUCAUAUUGUUCGUUAUGCAGUACAGAGCUUGUUAGAGAGUCUGACACCCCUGAAUUCAUACCACUAUACAUUUGGCGUACGCCUGAAGGACGAAGAGGUGAAGAGGUUCCUGGCAGUUGUUCUUGUGGAAAAGGAUUGGAAAAGGGUUGGUAACGGCGGUGUUGAGGAUUGA